UUCAUCGUCUGCUAGGCGUCGCUUUUUAUGGAAAAAAUUUUAACUUGACAUUUGGUCAUUGUCCUACUUUAAAUCAAGGCGAAAUGGAUGAUGGAAAAAUGUCAGAAUGCUGCAUUAUAUCCCUGAUUCUUGAUUAAGAAGAGUCAUUAAAUACGCAAUCACAGAACUUGUCGUUCGUUCACAGAAAUGUUGGCAUUAUUGGCUCUCAAAAGGAUAGCUUUAGUUUCAACCUUACUGGUUGUUUUGAUCUCAACAUUCCUUUUCAUGAAGAUUCCAAAAUUCCAUUCAGAUCUGUACAACUUGAGUGAGUACAAAACCAUCAAGAAAAGUUGUUCAGGAAAACAACUUAUACUUUUGUGGACAAAAUUUUUUGAAAGUGAUGAUUUCCAUAUUGGGUUAGGUAGCAAACCUUUUAUGCAGUGCAAAACCUCUGGCUGUUGUGUAACAAAUAACCGCAAUUUCUUUGACACUAGUGCUGCUAUUAUAUUCCAUAUCAGAGAUUUGGACUUGAAAGACAUGCCACCCCAUCGAUCUGCUAACCAGCGCUGGAUUUUUUUCUUACAAGAAUCUCCUCAUCACACUCCAAACAUUUUAUAUGACCUUAAUAAUAUUUUCAAUUGGACAAUGACUUACAGAACUGAUUCUGACAUCUACAUGCCAUACCCUGUUCUGGAACCGACUGCAGGAUCUUCGUUUGAAUUUCAAAUAUGGAACAAGACGUUUGAACCUGAUGUUUUGAAGGACCAAAUACGACAGAAAAAAAAACUCGCAGCGUGGUUUGUUUCAAACUGCUUCACACAAAGCGGGCGGGAAAAAUAUGCUUCUGAGCUACAAAAGUACGUUCACGUUGACGUAUAUGGAAAAUGCGGACCUUUAGUGUGUGCCAAUCAUCUUCAAUGCUACCAAAUGUUAGAGCAACAAUAUAAAUUCUACCUCUCUUUCGAGAAUUCCAUCUGCCGCGACUAUGUUACAGAAAAAUUUUACAACGCCCUUCUCUUCAAUGUCGUGCCAGUAGUUUAUGGUGGUGCCAAUUAUAAUGCAGUUGCGCCUAAAGGCUCUUACAUUGAUGUUCGUGAUUUUACGUCAGCAGUUCGGCAUCUUGCACAGUACCUGAAAUUCUUGGAUAAAAACGACAGUGCCUACUUGCGGUAUUUUGAUUGGCGGAAAACUCCAUCAGGCAUAUCAGCCUUACCGCGUUUUAUUCAAGGCUGGUGCACGCUUUGCAGUAUGCUUAAUAACACCUCGUUACCCUUAAAGUCUUAUUCAAAUAUUCAUUCCUGGUGGUUUGAAAAAGGCCACUGUGAAAAUGAUCGUACAAAUAUUCACAAGUUAACAACUUAGUGUCAUUAUCUGUGUUUAUCGAGCGAGACUUGUUAAAUAAAGAGAUUUACGUUGCUCUA